AUGGAUUACAAUGAUGGUCUACAUAAAAAUGAUGAUGAUUUUCAAGAACAAUAUCCUAGUGUAUCAAAUUCAGAAGACUAUGAAGAAAAUUAUGACCGGGGAAACAGAAUGAAAGAUUAAAAACAAAAAUAAACUGAAACUUAAGAUAGUAAUUUGGAAGACUAAAUACAGUAAGAUUAAUAUGGUAUACUUAUAAAAUAAUAAAUUUUAAGAUCAAGCAAAGACCUUUUUUAACAAAAAUUUUAUAGAAAUUACAGACAAUGAAAAUAAUUGCAAAACAAAUGCCAAAAAAUAAAAGUAUAAUAUGCUAUUCAAAUUCCUUUACCCCAUUUUACAAGAAGAUUAGAAGGUUAUUUUAGUAAAUUAUUUGAUCAAAAAAUAAAAAGAUGGUUUCAUAACAAUAAGUACCAAACAAGAAGUAACUAUAAAUGAAUAAAAUAUAAAUUUCAAUUUUUAAGAAGUAAAUCAGGAACUAAAAGACUUGAAAAUUAAUUUCAUAUUUUUAAAAACCUUUGUUUAUGAUGAAUAAAUGAAGAAAGAAAUACAAAAAUUAAUAGAAUAGUUGAGUUAAAACAAUUAAAAUUCAUAAGAAAAAUAAAAUACAAAAGACAAUUAAAACUAAAAAGGCAACUAAGAUUUACUAAAGAAGUUAAAAGAUUUAAAAUUGUUAUGUGAUGAAAUUAUAAGGAGAAAAAAAAAUAAGGAAUAAAAAAACAUCUUAAAUUUUAAAAAAUCAGAUUUCCAAUAUUUUUGGAAUGUUAUGAAGGAUAAGUUUAUAGAAUUAAAAUAAAAUCUAGAUGACAAAAAAUAAAAAAGGGAGAAAUAAAAAAUGGAGAAAUAAAAAUGCGAAAAUCAAAAUCAAAAUCAAGAAAUUCAAACUGAAAUAAGAAAUAAAAUGUAGGAAUUUAUUGAAGAUUCAAUAAUUGGUACAAUAACAAAUAAAAAAAAGAAGGAAGAAGAGUAAGAAAAAAAAAAUCUAAAACAAUUAUAAAAAUUAUAACAAUAGCAAUAGUAAUAAUAACAAUAAUAAAAAUAAUAACAAAAAAAAACAAAAAAAAUUGACAAAUAAUAAAGUUAAGCUCAAUCUAAAACACCUAAAGUUAAAAAAAUAUCUAGAAAAUAAAAAUUUUAAAUUAUUUCUAAUAAUCAAUUAAAUAAUAUUUAGGAUGUCCCUUAAGAAAACAAUGACGAUGAUUAAUUUGUAUGUUAAGAUUCUCCUAAUUACAAUUUAAAUGGUUUUGGAAUUCUUUUAACAUAAUAGUAAAUGAGUUAGAAUAUUUAAUGUAAAUUUAUAUUAUAAUAUUUAGCAUAAUUGAAUGAUUAAUAUAGAGAGAAUUAAAAUGAAUAAAUUGUUAUGGUUAGUGAUUAAAUGAUAGAAUAGGAAGAGAUAGAUAUGAGUUCAUUAAAAUUAUCAAAUAGCAAGCUUAAAUAUUAAAAUUAAAGUAAUGGUGGCCGAAAAAAAGUCAAGAAAUGA